CCUAUUUCAACUAAAUGGAUUUUAAAUUUAAUUUCGCUUGCAGCUGCAAAAUCACGAAAACCCUCUCCAUCAACAAGUUACUUGAAACGGGUUACCAGGAUCGAUUAAAUGAAUACAUGAACGAUAUUGUUGAUCGCGCCUGGGAUGAGCAGGAUUCAGAAAUACUUUCAUUAAUGGUCGCGAUCAUAGACAACCUACGUUCCAGCAACAAUGUUACUGAUAGUUCCAUCUCAAGUAACCCGCAAACAAGAACGUUUGAGAAAGAGGACAUGGACAUGGCGAUCCUGAAUACCAUCCGGGACGAACCACCUAACAACUGUGUUUGCGAUGCAAUAUCCCGCAAAAUUUCAAUCUUACUCAACGCAGGUCUGGCCGAAUUAGCUUCCGAGUUUGUGUGUGAAGAAUCAUUAUUGGAAAAAGUGCGGCUGCUAAAGCCAUUUGUCCGGCUGUUUGAAAGCGACACGAUGUUUGUGAACUUUUUUACACGAUGCUGGAAAUUAUCUAUUCAAUACUUUUAUCCCAGCCUGAUCAGUGAGUUGACUGACGUGUAUCCACAAUUUUUAGAAUUUCUUAUGAAUGCCUUGAUCGAAUGUAAAGAAUUAGACCGUAAUAUGCUGCUGCAGAGGAAAGAAUUUACAUAUCUCUCUCGUUGUCUCACAGUUGCCCCAACAUUUUACACCAUUCUUUCAUAUUUAGCUGGACACAAGUUAAAUCAAGUGCAGCAUUUGAUAACCGCUUGUAUAGCGUUUGUAAAGGCCGAGUUGCCUAGUAAAGAAUAUUACAAUUUAUUUCCAGUGCACCUUAGACCCUAUGCUAUAAUAAUGAAUGAAAUCAUAAGUCCGCACGAUCCUCAUGUAAUGAUUCUUGUUGAAGAACUUAAAAACUGUAAACCUGUCGAUUACAACAUCCUACUGAUGAGCUGUCCAGUUUUUUACACCUCUAUGCUAUUUACUGACCCACCUGAUCUAAAAACGGGCCUAUGUUAAUUUAGGGAUCAAUGUGCAGAUGAGUUAACUCUUUACCGGUGGAGGAAUAGUCUUUUUUUUUCUUUUGAGAGGGAUUUGUUUAAGCCUCCGCAUUUUUAAAUUACAAAUUAUCAUUUCUGUAGCCUGUGCCACUUCGUAUAUACUCUCGACUAAAAUAAAUAUAACCGAUAGUUUUUGUCCACGAUUAAAAACAUUCUUCAAUUCAAGCUCGUUCUCUAGAGAUUUGAUGUGAUUCGUUUCCUCUGCCAAUUCGAUGGUCCCGUUAACAUUUACGGGCUUUCCGCGAAGGAUUUCUCCAUGAUAAUUUCCAAAAUCAAGAUUGACAGAGCAUAUGUUGUCAGGUAACUUUAGAUUCCUAAAAAUGUAAAUGCACUUUAAUUGAAUUAUAGUAGGUGCGAGAUGGUUUAACAGCAUGAUUACCUCGGAAAAAGAGGGAUU